CAAAAUAAACAUGCUACGGGAAAGAGAAACCAGUUAUGCGUAAUUCUUUGGCAAAUGGUUCAGAAAGUCAACUUUAAUGAUACUUGGCUUUAAGUAUGUAUUACUAAUUACAUAAAAGCAAUACAAAAGAUAAAAAUGGUAACUUGGUUUUUUUUUCUGCUCUCAAGGGAACCAAUAAUGCAGCUGCAUGUGGUCACAAUGAAUAAUACAAGGAAAAGAAUUUGAGGGGACAGGAAAUUUCAAGGUUUAAUUUGGGACCUUUUAAAUCCCACCAGCUGUGCCUUGGUGCAGGAAAGGUGGUAUAGUGGAAUUAUCUGAUACUAGAUGUCAUUUUAAUGUUACUCAUCUAACAAAUAUAACUAAUAAGCAGAAGUAGAUAAGUUGGAGUGCCACCAGAGACUGUUUUUAUGAAAGCUAAGGGAGAGACUAGCAAGGUCUUUGCAAUGUACAGAAAAAGAUAACAUUUUCUACUGGAAUUUGCAAUUAAGGUGUCAGUCUUUGAGCAGCAUGUUAGUCUUCUUAAAGUGUUUUGAAUCGAAAGGUAGAGAUAAAAGCCAAAUUGAAAAGAGGAUAAUAAUAAAUAGGAGAAGAGGCAACCAGGAGUUUCAGCCUGUGCUAUAUUCAGUAAGUAUUAAUUUGUUUCUAACAACUAAUGUCGAGUCUUAUUUGGAAUAUUGACACUAAUAUUUCUAGCACAGUUCAGAUCACUGUCCCCCUUAGUCACAUUCAAAAUGUGAGGCUCUCCAUUCUUCCAUGCACUUAUCCCCCCACACCACUAUGUGCUCCCUUCUCUGAGACCCAGUCUUUCAUUCCACCCCAUCUACCAAACUUCUCCACUUAACCAUUUGGCAUUCUACAUCUCCUGUCAGAGGGGAAUGUCUUCAAUUUCCUUAUCCCUCACUCCCUCAAAUCUAUCUUUACCUAUUCUCUUUACCCUUAAAAGAUAAAGGAAAUACAUCUUUUGCUCUCAGUAGGCCAGGCUCAACCUGGAUGCUCUAAGCUCAUUAUGUCUCAUUUCUUUCAGGAAUCUAAUUCCUUCAAUUAUCCCCCUUCUCUUCUGUAUCUUCAACUCUCCAAAUUGAAUCAUUCAACCUUAGCAUCUUCGCAUUGAAAAAGGUUUCCUAAAAGACAGGAAAAAUGGAGGAAUCUGUAAACCAAAUGCAGCCACUGAAUGAGAAGCAGAUAGCCAAUUCUCAGGAUGGAUAUGUAUGGCAAGUCACUGACAUGAAUCGUCUACACCGGUUCUUAUGUUUUGGUUCUGAAGGUGGGACUUACUAUAUCAAAGAACAGAAGUUGGGCCUUGAAAAUGCUGAAGCUUUAAUUAGACUGAUCGAAGAUGGCAGAGGAUGUGAAGUGAUACAAGAAAUAAAGUCAUUUAGUCAAGAAGGCAGAACCACAAAACAAGAGCCUAUGCUCUUUGCACUUGCCAUUUGUUCCCAGUGCUCUGACAUAAGCACAAAACAAGCAGCAUUUAAAGCUGUUUCUGAAGUUUGUCGCAUUCCUACCCAUCUCUUUACUUUUAUCCAGUUUAAGAAAGAUCUGAAAGAAAGCAUGAAAUGUGGCAUGUGGGGACGUGCCCUCCGGAAGGCUAUAGCAGACUGGUACAAUGAGAAAGGUGGCAUGGCCCUUGCUCUGGCAGUUACAAAAUAUAAACAGAGAAAUGGCUGGUCUCACAAAGAUCUGUUAAGAUUGUCACAUCUUAAACCUUCCAGUGAAGGACUUGCAAUUGUGACCAAAUAUAUUACAAAGGGCUGGAAAGAAGUUCAUGAAUUGUAUAAAGAAAAAGCACUCUCUGUGGAGACUGAAAAAUUAUUAAAAUAUCUGGAAGCUGUAGAGAAAGUGAAGCGCACAAGAGAUGAGCUAGAAGUCAUUCAUCUAAUAGAAGAACACAGAUUAGUUAGAGAACACCUUUUAACAAAUCACUUAAAGUCUAAGGAGGUAUGGAAGGCUUUGUUACAAGAAAUGCCUCUUACUGCAUUACUAAGGAAUCUAGGAAAGAUGACUGCUAAUUCAGUACUUGAACCAGGAAAUUCAGAAGUAUCUUUAGUAUGUGAAAAUCUGUGUAAUGAAAAACUAUUAAAAAAGGCUCGUAUACAUCCAUUUCAUAUUUUGAUUGCAUUAGAAACUUACAAGACAGGUCAUGGGCUCAGAGGAAAAUUGAAGUGGCGCCCUGAUGAAGAAAUUUUGAAAGCAUUAGAUGCUGCUUUUUAUAAAACAUUUAAGACAGUUGAACCAACUGGAAAACGUUUCUUACUAGCUGUUGAUGUCAGUGCUUCUAUGAACCAAAGAGUUUUGGGUAGUAUACUCAACGCUAGUACAGUUGCUGCAGCAAUGUGCAUGGUUGUCACACGAACAGAAAAAGAUUCUUACGUAGUUGCUUUUUCAGAUGAAAUGGUACCAUGUCCAGUGACUACAGAUAUGACCUUACAACAGGUCUUAAUGGCUAUGAGUCAGAUCCCAGCAGGUGGAACAGAUUGCUCUCUUCCAAUGAUCUGGGCUCAGAAGACAAACACACCUGCUGAUGUCUUCAUUGUAUUCACUGAUAACGAGACCUUUGCUGGAAGUGUCCAUCCUGCUAUUGCUCUGAGGGACUAUCGAAAGAAAAUGGAUAUUCCAGCUAAAUUGAUUGUUUGUGGAAUGACAUCAAAUGGUUUUACCAUUGCAGACCCAGAUGAUAGAGGCAUGUUGGAUAUGUGUGGCUUUGAUACGGGAGCUCUGGAUGUAAUUCGAAAUUUCACGUUAGAUGUGAUUUAACCAUAAGGAGCAGCACAAACCAGAGAUCCAUUGCCAUCAGUGAUCUCACUAAAAAUAUACAGCUACUUCCCGGCAAAUCCCCAUCAGAUGAGUGAUGAUGGUAUAGUA